AUGAGAGUUAUUGCACUUUCUAAAUUUCAAGCACAUUUAUUAGGAAGUGGCAGUCACACUGUUAAGUAUUGUCGUAAGUUGGAUCUCCUACAAGGAUUAUUCACAAUCCUGUUUUUAUUUCACAAUUUCAGUUCUAAACCCCUCAAAGUGAAUGAAAGAGUGAGACCAGGAAAUGCACAGCUGAUUUGUGCAUCGUUUAGUGCAGGAGGACAUUUCCUGGCAGUGGGAGGAGCUGACCAUUUUGUCAGAGUAUAUCAUCUUGGUGGAGAAGAUGGAGUAGAGAAGCUCAUUGAGACAGAGCGGCAUCAGGACCGUGUUGAUAGUAUCCAGUGGUGCCACAAAGGAUUGAUGUUUGUGUCAGGCAGUCGUGAUGGUACAGCACUUGUAUGGCGCUACGAAACACAACAGUGGAAGAACCUCGUCUUGAAUAUGACUGACAGACUUCCUGGGGACAGUCCUCCAUCUGAAGAGAUACGUCGGCUCCAAGUAACAAUGGUAGGAUGGAACAGGAGUGAUGAAUAUGUCAUCACAGCUAGCAAUGACAAGUGGUUGCGAGUGUGGGAUAGUAGCCAAGGCAAGCUUAAACAUAUUCUCAGGGGCCAUGAGGAUAACUCCUAUGUGAUUGAGGCACAUCCCCUCGAAAAUAUUAUCCUGACUGCAGCUCAUGAUGGUCAAUUGAUGAUCUGGGAUAUCAGCACAGGAACUCUGGUGAGAAGCUUUAAAAAUACCAUUGAAGGCCAAGGUUAUGGUGCAUUAUUUGAUGCCAAGUGGUCACCUGAUGGUUACACUAUAGCAACAACAGAUUCUCAUGGACAUCUCAUUCUCUUUGGUAUUGGACACAAUGAGAAAUUCAAGAAGAUACCAAAAGAGCUUUUCUUUCAUACGGACUAUCGGCCUCUUGUGCGAGAUGCCAAUAACCAUGUGCUGGAUGAGCAGACUCAGAUGGCACCACACCUCAUGCCACCCCCAUUCUUGGUCAACAUGGAUGGUGACCCAUAUCCUCCCGAAUACCAGAGGCUUGUACCUGGUCGAGAAAACUGCAGACAUGACCAGCUUAUUCCAAAUGUUUUAUUGAAUGCAAAUGGUGACCAAGAGGUGCUAGAUGCAGCACUACAGGACUAUGAGCAUCCUCCUGCAAAUGCUCCAAAUGCUCCAGCUCCUGAGGCUGCCGGUGGCCAGAGACCGAACAUUGAUGAAAUGAUAGAACGGCUUGCCCAAGAACAAGACCAAAGAAUAGCCCAUAAUAGAAGACCAUCUGACGCAGCUAUUGACCAGCCAGGCCCAAGCAAUGUGCGAGAAAGAAGAGAAAGUAGUAGUGCGCGGGGAGAACGGAGAGCCAGUUCAGGAGGUCCCCCAACAGAUCACUCUUAUGCUGUUGCUGCUCUCCAUGACCCACUCUCACCCAGAGCAAGCCGAGCUGGAACUCGGCGAGUAGGCGAUGUGGAAGGCGUGCGACAGUCAACAGGAAACUGGCAGCGUGAUCCCAACAUGAAGUGGAAUCGUCGUAUCAUCAUACGCCAACAACAGCACUCAAACAUCAAACAAAACCUCAAUAACAGAAGGAUUCUCGGAGAGUAUGAGUUACAUUUGUAUGAUGAAGAAAGUCGCAAGAAACCUGAACCAGUUAAAUCCCCAGAACAGCAGCAACAUGAGGCAGAGAGAAAAACAAGGAAGAAACAGAAAAAGCAAACUCAUUCCUAUUCAACACGCUCUGUCAGAGAAUCCAGAAGAGGGCCCUAUGAAGGCCAGGAGUUUGAGGAUGCAGAGAAUCCACCAGGGUCCAGCAGCCCAGGCACCUCCUCUGGUACAGAAAUAGAGAAUGAAGAGCUCCAAGAGUCCUCCAGCUCAGAUGAUCAGUCCACAGACUACUCUGACUGGACAGCUGAUGCAGGUUUCAGCCUUGAACCCCCCAAGAGAACAGCUCACAAACAGAAAAAAUCCAUAAGGAAGGGGAGGAGAAAAGGAAGGUUGACAAGUGAUGAUGAUGAUGACAAGGAAAAUAAAGAUGAUGAUGAUGAAGAGGAUGAUGAAGAGGAUGAUGAUAUGGAAAAGGGAAAAUCUGCUUCAACACCUCGUGUACAGAGAAAGCUAAGAGCACCACGACCUAACUUGUCGGAGUUAAAUGGAGCGGCUGAUGAGAUUCCUGAAGAGUACCGUCCACCUGAAUGGUUGACGGAAACCUUCCCCAAGAAGGCACCUUACUUCCCACAAAUGGGAGAUGAACUCAUAUAUUUUAUGCAGGGCCACAUGCUCUAUGUAGAAGCCGUCAUGAAUAGAAAGCUCUAUACCAUUGACAAAAGGAGUCUCCCAUGGAUGAGAACUACAAAUAAAUUGAGGGAUCAAGAGUUUGUAAAAAUCAUAGGCAUCAAGUAUGAGAUUAAGCCACCACGCCUUUGCUGCCUCAAGCUUGGGAUAAUGGAUCUUGGGCGAGGAAAGCUCACCUCGGAUUCAUUCACCAUUAAAUACCAUGACAUGCCAGAUGUACUUGAUUUUCUUAUAUUAAAGGCCACGUACAAUUAUGCCAUGAGUAGACACUGGCAGAAAGGUGACAGGUUCAGAUGCAUAAUUGAUGACGCAUGGUGGUUAGGCACUGUGGAAAGCCAUGAGCCUCACCUACCCGAGUUCCCCGACUCCAUGUUCAUGUGCUACAGAGUCUUGUGGGAUAAUGGAGAAGAAGAGAGACUGAGUCCGUGGGAUAUGGAACCCAUUGAUGAAAACAUGGAAGUAAUGGAAAGAGGUGGUAGUGUGGCAGUAAAGCCCAAAGAGCUUGAGGAACUACUCUACCGACCUCAGUCUGAGGAGUGGGCAGGGCGUAAUCCUGAUCAGGAAUGUGAUCGCAUCAGUCAUGGCCUUUCCCUCAUCAUGACACUGGCCAUUGCUGAGCCCUUCCUCGUUCCUGUUGAUCUCAACGCAUAUCCAAUGUAUGCCUUAACCAUAGACUAUCCAAUGGAUCUCACUACCAUCAAGAGUAGACUAGACAACCGCUUCUAUCGGCGUAUCAAUGCAGUCCAGUUUGAUGUGCGGUACCUGGCCACCAACACAGAAAAAUUCAACCAGAAAGGAAGCAAUAUUGUUAGGCAAGCCAGAAUCGUCACUGAACUUUGCUUAAAGCUGAUCAAAGAUGACACAUGUAUUGACCCUACGCCCCUAUACCAUGAACUGCAAGCCAACUACCACUCUCCAGAUCAUAGUGAUGAGGAUCCGACUGGAGAAAGUAGAGGUGGUGGAUUGCGGGGUGAAGGCAAGGGGGGCCAUAGCAAAGGUCUUCGUGGUCGAGGACAACCCGCAGCUGUAAAGAGGUCAUGGCAACAAAUGUGUCGAGAUCUCCUCAAAAGCAUAUUUGAAAAAGAAGACUCAAUACCUUUCAGAUUUCCAGUGGACUUGGAGCGUUACCCUGACUACAGCCAGGUAAUAGAUAUACCCAUGGACCUCACCACAGUAAGAGAAGAGUUGUCAGCUUCAGGCUACUCUACACCACAUGACUUUGCCAAGGAUGUUCGACUCAUCUUUACAAACUCCAAAAACUACAACACCAACAAGAGGUCCAGGAUUUACUCCAUGACUCUACGGUUGGAAGCAUAUUUUGAGGACCAGAUAAAGCCAAUAUUAGCAAGCUACAAAUCAAAAG